UCCAACAACUGAUGAUUAGGCUAAAGCUUACAUCAGAACGUGUGGGCGUGGGAGUGUGAAAAUUGUUGGCUGUGGAUGUUUGUGUGUAUAAUGGUUCUGACGCGUCAACAAAUACUCAUGGCAGUGAUAAAUACCAAUUAGCCACCGCUGUGUACGUUGUGCAGACGGAAAUGCGAAAAUUUCAGUUGUUUGUGUGUGGGACCGCAGUCUGUUCUAAAAAAACUAGUGGCACAAUAUUUAUAUUAAACCCGUUAUGCUGACCCGUUUACCUUGGUCCAAUUUGCUUAAAAAAAGCGAAAACCCAUCUAGCCAGCAAAUACAAAAAGAACAACAACAGGUUAAUGCUUCUCAAACAGGUAAAGCGUAAGGUCUUUCUCUCUCCUCUCUCUCUCUCUCCACAGCUGAUUGCCGGGAUGCUUUUGGCACUCUCGCGCACUCCUUUUGAUCGGCAGAGGCCAUCAGUGACUCUUAAAGUGUUCAGCAAUCAAGUGCAUUUCAAACUGCAUCAAAACUUGCAUUUCUUUUGAUGCAAGUUUCUUUGUACUCUACCCAAAUAAAUAAAGCUCCCAAUUCAGGUUUAUUGCGGCUCGUCUGCUUCUGCGUUUGUGUACUUUUUGCAUAUUUAUGAGCAAACGGGUUAUUCUUUUUGGCAACGGAACAUCUUUCACUCUUUCCAAGAACAACAUUCCCUCCUCCGAUCGCUUAUGGUUACAAAAUUUACGCAACAAGCCGCGAUCGCGGUCGCUGGCCUCUCCACUCAACAAGUUUGCCAAAACCCCAGAAAAGACAGCAGGUGAAAACUUGAAACGCAAGAACGAAGCUUUAAAUACGCUUAAAAAUAAUAAACUAAGGGUGAUUUAUUCAUACACACGGUUGACACGUUAUACUUCUAUAUAUUGCCAUUACACAAUUAUUUAUUCUUUCGGAUUCCUAAUCUAACCGAAACGUUGCAAUAAUGUAAGGAUAUUUUUUUCCAAUCCAAAAUACCAAACCUUUGUUUCGAAAAUUCUACAUAUAUUAUAUCCCUGUACCGUGUACAACAUCUACAAACUUGGCAGUGUACUGUCGAUUGCUGACUUUUAAACAUGUAACUCGCAAAAAAAUCAUGAUAGCUUCUUAGUAGAGUAUAAACUACAACCAAACUCGCUGUCAUCCAUUUUGGAAACCAGAUACAGAUACGGCGACAAAGACAGAUACAGAGCCAACUACAGAUGCUCGCUGGCUGCUGGGAAGAGUCGCUUCAGUUGAGUGCCUCCAUUCUCCCAGAGCAAACCGUUCCCGCCGUAAGAAAGUAAGGAAAACAAGAAAUGCGCAGUGGGCCAACGCUUUGUCCACUGCUGGUGGUGCUACUAGUGGGUCAUCAAGUGGCUCCGGUGGUGCCGGCUAACCUACUGACCAGCUAUCUGCCCGCCUCCAUGCAGGCCUUGGCAUACUUCAUAGAUCUGCUGCAAUAUGAACCCCUGUCCAGCACAACCGUUGAGCCGCCCUUUAGUGCAGAUAAUGGAGGGGAAUCUACGAGUGCCAAACCACUACCCUCAACGGCAUUGCCCACAAGGAUGAGGACUACGACCACGAGGAGACCAAGUGCAACGGGUGGUUCGGGAUCUGGCUGGUGGCAGCCUCCAAGUUGGUGGGAAACGCCGCAGAGGACUUCCACCACCGAGAAACCCACAUCACCACCAACCUUACCGCAUCGUCCGGCGAUCUUUGCCCCAGGCUCUAAACCAGUGCUUGAGGGUCACGCUCUCUUUGAUGAAAUCGGAGAUGAUGUGGACUUUGACAAGCUGCCUUUGUCUUUAAUCCGUGAUAUUCAAAGCGAACACGAAGACUUUACCAACGAUGUGGAGUCGCUGGAUAACUUUCUGCGUCUAUACGACGAUAAUUACGGAAGAGCAGCAUUCGAUUUCGAGUCCGCCAUGGAUAGGUGGAGCACCUCCUCAAUAGCGGGCAAAAAGAGGGUACCACCCACCAAACCUUAUGUGGAUUUCCUGCUGGUCUACGAUCUUCUGAAGCGCGAUGCUAAGGCGGCAAAUCUGAGCAAGUACGAAGGAUACUCUGAAGACCUGCUGGAGCAGCUGCAUGAGUUGUCGCAGGCGUCCUCGGCCAGGCAACUGCACACUCUCUUUCAAAGGAUGUUAGACCGGGGCGAUGUGCAGCGAAGUGACGUAGUAGCCCGCGUUCAGGGAAUCGUCAAAGAUUUGGGGAACCCUAACAGUGCCACCUCCAAGGCUUUGGCAUUUAUACCCAGCAUGCAGUUUCUACCUUAAGCUCCUAGAUAAGUCGCAAUAAAGUCAAGGGACAAUCAAAUUGAUAAUCAAAUUGAGUGUGUAUUAAUUGAAAACAGCUGAAGAUAAGCAUAAGCAAAGCCAUAAUCUUUCGCUAAACACUUUUGCUGCAAAGAAUGUAAAAACAAAAUGUUGCCAUGACUCAUUAAUUUAAAUAAACUCAAAGUCUAAUCGAGACAGCCUGCCUGUUUUUUAAACUACAAAGUUGUAAGCCCGACUCAUAAUUGCUUUUAAAAAUUUC